AUGUCUAGUGACAUCCAAAAGCAAUAUGAUAGACUAGAUGUUGUUCUCUCGAUAAUGCUCCACAUGAAGGAAGUUUAUGCAGUUCCUAAUAGGCAUAUUAUGUAUGCCGCCAGAAAAGUAUUCUCCGGGACAAAGAUGGCCGAAGGAUCGUCUCUACAAAGUCAUGGGGUUAAGAUGUUAUCCCUAGUGGAGAAGCUCGAAGACCUCAAAGUUGGGCUUGACAAUGACACGUACAUUGACGUGUUCCUUCAGUCGCUUCCUCUGUCCUAUGACCCCUUUAAUAUUACCUACAACAGGAACGGACAUCAGAAGUCUAUUCAUCAGCUAAUUAAUAUGUUGGUCCAAUCUGAGACGAUGACCCACAAGUCUAUGUCGGCGGUAUUGGUAGGAGAGGCUUUAACCUCCAAAGCAAAAGGCAAGAGGGUCGAACGGUGGAAGAGGAAGAAGGGCAAGGGAAAAGCUGUCGGAACCACUAUUUGA